CUGUCGGAUGCAGGGACCUCCUCAUUUGAGCUGCAGGUUUUUACGUGGGCGAAUCACAAAGUGUUGGAAUCUAUUGCCUUUGUCUGACAAGUCAUCCAUCUCUAUGCGAGGGAUCUGUGGGAUGGAGGCAGGGAGGAGGAGGGGGUGAUCUGUGGGACUGCAGCUUUUAGAAACAGACACACAAGGAGAGGGGUUUCAUUCUCAGCCCAAAGCUCCGCUCAGGCACAGCCCAUUCCGGAGGAGAGGGGGACUCUCUCACACACACACACACACACACACACACUGCUCCUCGCUGCUCCGUGUCCAUGUUGUUGUCAUCUCCGCCCAGAUCUGAUUAGAACGCGAGCCUGCUGCUGCUCCUCCGUCAGAGGAGAAGGAUUGUUUUCGGCCGCUGCGGACCCGUGGACCUCUCAGCUAUAUUCCUUUUGUUUUCCUCACGAUGUCCCUGAAACACAAACUGUGAGCCGGUUUGAGUCCAUGUUGCUGCGGCCGGUGCGCUCUGCACCUGACAGCCUCUCUGCACACUUUGAGGAAAACUCCCCGAGAAGUUGUUGACUGCUGCAGCCUGCGGACUCUGCCCUCACGGACUGAUUUACUCCAGAUCCUUGAUAUAUAUCUUUUUUUUUUACUUAUUCAAAGCUCCAUCACCGAGGCGAAACGGCGACCUCAGUCGAUUACCUUUCUUUCCUUUGCUAUCCCAUGGAUAUUCACUGCAAAGCGGACCCCUUCUCGGCCAUGCACCUGUCCCACGCAGGGCACGGCGGUGUGAACCAGCUCGGCGGGGUGUUUGUGAACGGCAGACCCCUCCCGGACGUGGUUCGGCAGCGGAUCGUGGAGCUUGCCCACCAGGGUGUCCGGCCCUGUGACAUCUCCAGACAGCUACGGGUCAGUCACGGCUGUGUCAGCAAAAUCCUCGGCAGCUAUCAGAAGGCAUAUCAGAGGUACUAUGAAACCGGCAGUAUUAAACCUGGAGUCAUUGGUGGCUCCAAACCAAAGGUUGCAACUCCGAAAGUGGUGGAUAAAAUAGCGGACUACAAGCGCCAGAAUCCAACCAUGUUCGCCUGGGAGAUAAGGGACCGACUACUGGCUGAGGCCGUCUGUGACAACGACACUGUCCCUAGCGUUUCCUCCAUCAACAGGAUUAUCCGCACCAAAGUCCAGCAGCAAUUCCACCCGUCCCCUGAUGGCUCUGUCACACCACUCUCCACGCCGGGCCACACUAUAGUGCCCAGCACGGCCUCGCCCCCUGUGACCAGCGCCUCCAACGACCCCGUGGGAUCCUAUUCCAUCAACGGCAUUCUGGGUAUCCCUCGCUCCAACGGCGAGAAGAGGAAACGAGACGAAGUUCUCUGGAGUGGCAACCACUUGGAUGGAAGGAAAAUAGGACAUUAUGGCUCAGAUGGUUCAGGCCCUGGCAGCGACUCUCAGGGCAGCGUGGAGAGUUUAAGGAAGCACCUGCGAGCUGACGCCUUCACCCAGCAGCAGCUGGAGGCCCUUGACCGCGUGUUUGAACGUCCUUCUUACCCUGAUGUCUUCCCCACUUCAGAACACAUUAAACCUGAACAGGCCAAUGAGUACUCGCUCCCCUCCCUGAACGGCGGCCUGGAAGAUGUAAAGCCAAGCCUCUCCUCCAGCGCCAGCUCCGAGCUCGCCUCCAGUGUCUCCCAGAGCUACUCUGUUGUGACAGGUCGAGACAUGGCCAGCACCACCUUACCUGGCUACCCGCCUCACGUCCCCCCCACAGGACAAGGCAGCUACCCCACCUCCACACUCGCUGGAAUGGUUCCUGGAGGGGACUUUUCUGGAAACCCUUACUCUCAUCCACAAUACACCACCUAUAACGAAGCAUGGCGGUUCAGCAAUCCAGCACUACUAAGUUCCCCUUAUUAUUAUAGUGCCGCAUCUCGUGGCUCCGCACCUCCCACUGCUGCCACUGCCUACGACCGCCACUAGUUACCAUGGAGACCAGCUCAAACUGCAGGGCCAGGGCUUCGGCCUCCAUAUUGUCCCCGUCUGAGAAACACUGAGGUCAAUGAGAAGCGAGGAGGAAACCCGUGACGUGGAGGAAAGAUCAGCGAAGUGGAUGUUGGUGUACCUAACCCGAGCUUCAGCCUUUACACAUGUGGGGGUCAAACUGCCCCGCGGGCGUCCAAAACUCACCCAUCAUGCCCUGGAUCUCUCACAGGGCCUGAACAUUUCCAGAAUGACUUUAAGAGAUUAUAUAAAUAUAUAUAUUAUAAGAUAUUAACUGAAGAAAAACAGUGUGAAAAUACCAUGUGGAAACAAUGUUGUGGGUUUUUAAUUUUGUUUAUUUGUUGCUGUUGUUGUUGUUAUUUUAUUCAUGGAUCCUCACAUUCCUUUCAUGUGAUGAACUGCAGUAUUUUUUCUGCUAUAAAGAGAAAAGUCCAUGGGGGGGGGGGGGGGGGGGGUGCUAAAGGUCCCAUAGCUUGAUG